AUGGCUUCUAAACCUGGGUCCGCUUUGGACGACAUCUGGUCCCCGAACCCGGCCUUCAUGGUGGCCGUCAAGGGCAGAUGGAACGGCAAGCUGAAAGAACGUCAGGUGUUUGCGCAUUUUAGCCCUCAGUUGUUUUCCUUCAUGAAAUAUGUCUGGACCGGCUGCUUCCUCGCCAUAACCCCUGAAGACUAUGCCAAACGAAUGGGUAUUGAUCUUUCCAAAGCCCCUGCUGUUGCAUCCGAGGUUAAUAAUCUGGUCAAAACCUAUGAAUCGAUCCAAUCAGCCAACAAGGGUUUCCGAGAUGGGGCCUGGAAAGCCUUGAUCCAAUGCUCUGAUGAUAUCUACAAUUUCACAAAGCUUGCCGGCGGCACUACUACCAGUUCAUACUAUGGCAACCUGAUGCAGUCAAUUAACGAUUACCAUACUGCGAAACAUAAGUCUCCCCCAGAUCAAGCUGCGAUGGCAGAAGCAAAGGCGAGUAUUCAAGAAUUCGCGGAGAUGUUGGUCAAGCAUACUGCCCAGCAAGAGUCCGGAUAUGGUAAAGUUUCAAAGGGAAUCAAUGACUUCGGAUCCAUCGUUCAGAAGCAUCAGGAGGCAUUGCACGGAAACUUAGCUGCCAUGAAAAAAUUACUGGACCCGCCGGAACAAAGACAUCUAGAACUCACGGUCGAGUCCCUCCAGCAGGUUUUGUCGCACCAGGGAGAGGAGUACACUUACAAUGCGAUUGCCGCUACAAUCCCAUUGUACGCAGUGUGUACCUUAUUUGGUGUCCUUCCAUCCACAAAGUUGUCAGCAUAUGGCCCUCAAGCUUUAUCCAUUAAAAACAUCAUUGAAGCGAUCGAGGGAGAGCUAAAGCCGUAUGACGGGGCAUUGAAAUGCGGUCUCAUGGUCGGUGCCGAUGUUCAGCGAUUGAGCGGAGAAGCCGACGCCUUCAAGGGUUACGUUGGGCCUGUUAUUGAGCUCCUAAAAGCCUUAGAGGCUUGCUGGAAGAAGAUAGACAGCGACCUCCAACAUCUCUAUGCCUCAGUCAAAUCGAACGAGAUUCCCGAUAUCACGUAUACGAAGGAGCAGAUACAAAAAGUAGUCGACAGCUGGAAUGAACUAGGAAAACAUGUGGAUGAGUACCGUAAAUCCAUUUACACCACGGAGCCUACACCAAUGAUGAUUGGUGAAUGGUCUAAGGAAAUUGACCAAUAUAACGAAUCUUUACACCUAUCGUUGGGAUAUCUCAAAUUUGAUCCUCAACAGCUUCUGAAAGCUGCCGUUACUGCAGUCUCUGGCGAAGGUGCUCGAUAUUGUACUAACGUCUUCGAAUGCCGCGAAGGGCUAAACAAUAAGGUCUUUAUUCUGACCAUGGAUAAUGGCAUAGAAGUCAUCGCAAAGCUUCCAAAUCCAGUCGCUGGUCCUGCUUAUUAUACAACGGCAUCUGAAGUAGCGACUCGAGAGUUCCUGCGUGAUAUUCUGAAAAUUCCUACUCCUCGCAUCAUUGCCUGGUCUGCUGAUCGGAGUAAUCCCGUUGGGGCGGAGUAUAUUUUGGAAGAAAAAGCACCAGGAAAGCCACUGGGAAUGCUUUGGUACCAAUGGCCGAUGAUGCGCAGGCUUGAAAUAAUAAAACAGAUUGUGCAGAUAGAACAGCAGCUUGCAUCUACGAAGUUUUCAAAAAGCGGUUGCAUCUACUUCAAGGGGGAUGUCCCAGACGAUUUAUGCAGCAAUGGAAUUCUGGCAACCGGCUCAUCCUUGCCUACUUCAAUACUCGAGCGCUUUACAUUGGGACCACUCGUGUCAAGUAAUAUGUGGCGUGGAGAUAGGGCUAGCAUGAACAUGAACCGUGGACCAUUCGACGGGCCGCUAGAAUUUGUAGAAGCUAUGGCGAAGAACGAAAUCCUAUUCACUAAAAAACAUGCCCGUCCUCGCAUGAAUUACCACCGGUCAUCUACGGAACCUCAGUCUCCAGACGAGCUUCUGGAACUUUUGAAUCGAUAUCUUAAGUUAUCUCCCGCUAUGAUUCCACCAGUGGAGGUGGAUGAUACACAUUCGCCAACGCUUUGGCAUCCUGACCUGCAUCUUGACAAUGUAUUCAUUGACCCCGAAUUGAACAAAAUAACGCGCAUAAUUGAUUGGCAGUCUGCUACCGUUAUGCCCUUCUACUAUCAAUGUGGCAUUCCAAGGAUGUUUGAGCAUCCUGGCGGCGUACCCCAUGACUGGACCCUAGCGCUCCCUGAUAACUAUGACAGCUUAGACCAGGAAGAGAAGGAAAAGUUUGAGAAUGAUCGAAAGAGCAUGACCUGCCAUAGGUAUUACGAGGUUGAAACAGGGGCAAAAAACCCAAGCCAUUUAGCCGCGCUUCAGCUCAGGAAUCUUGACGUCCGAAUAGAUCCUUCCCGGCUCGUCGUGAACGUAUGGGAAGAUCAAGCUGUCUUUUUCCUCCGGCGUGCACUGAAUUCCAUCGUGGAGCGGUGGCAGGAUCUUUGUCCAGAAUCCGGUACAUGUCCCGUAACCAUCGGUAAACGAGAAUUGGAACUACGCUCCGCUGAAGAAGAGAUUUCGAGCAGCGUCGCCGAAAUACUGACCCUCUUUCGAGAUGGGUGGGGACUACCGCCAGAUGGAAUGGUGCAUCCAGCUGAUUUCGAGCGAGUGAAGGCGGCGGUCGCGGAGCGCAGAGAUGCCUUCUUCGAAAGUGCGGAUAACGAGACUGACAAGGAGCUAUAUAAACGCAUAUGGCCCUACCAGGAUGGAGAAAUGUAA